CUUGGAGAGAAUGAUGACAGAGGAUGGAGAGCAAGGCUGCGGCACUGACAGACAAGAAGUAAAGAGACGACAAAGUGUAGGUGCAUGAGGCCUUCAGAUCCCAACAGGAGAACCCAUGGAGCCACACAUCAUGCCCCUGUACUCCUCCUCCCCUCCUCCACUGGAUGAUGAUGAUGGUGAAGCGGGAUCAGAGGAGGACGAGUUUGGAGAUUUUGGGGGAUUCUCUUUAGGGGCGUCCUGCUCUCCCCCUGGCUUUGUUGAUUCUUCUGGUCCACCAUCCAGCCUCAGAUAUUCUUUUCCCAGCAUGAAACCAGCCACCCACCAACCCCACUGCAGCUGUAGCCGCCCAGUAGGACAAUCUCAACCCACUUUUACUGGGACCUCAGGGUCCAGCAAGGGCCAUAAUAACACGGAAGAGCAGAACUGUGAUGCUAAGUCACCUUUGCACCUCACAAAUGGGUACUCAGAAAGAGACCACAACUCUGCAGCCUCUGCAGUGGAUGCAUUCUCUCCCAGGGAGGAAACAGGCUUUGCUGAUUUCACCGUGUUUACAGAGCAGGCUGCUCAUCCCUGGUGCUGUGGUUUUACUCCCUUAGUUGGAAUAGAUGAGAAAAACUUUUCCAACAGCUUAGCUGAAAAAAUCUGUGAUCCAGAUCAGGAGGUCAUUAUGGAGUCAGAGCCCAGAUCUUAUUGUAAAUCCAAGGCAAAAGAAAACAUUUGCACUUUCCAGCACUGUGAGAAAAGAGAUGCAGCAUGUGUGCAAUCAUCUCAGGACCAACAACAACCUCAGGAAGCUGCUGCAGCAGCUUUGGAUUUUCCAUCUGAACAGCCUCUUUCCGGAGAGGAGGACAUAGGUGAUCCUGGAGACCAGGAGACCAGAGGGAUGCAGAAGGAUGGAGAAUCAGGUAAAGACGGAGAGGAUCAAGAGAAGAGAAUUCAUACUGUCACCGAAACAUUCAGUGGGUGUGAGUCCGCUUCAGACGUCUCCCUCUAUGAUGAUUGGUCGUUUGAAGGUCCUUCUGCUGACUUGGAACCAAAUGUUUCAUCUCUUGGUUCACCAGAGGAACAGACUGACUGGGACCAGACUGAUGAUGAGGAAGAACUUGAAAACUUCCAGCAUUCAGACCCUUUUGUAAAUAACAACACUGCUGAUCUUAGAGAGUCUAUCACAGGAAAGGGUUCUUAUUAUUUCAACCAAUCUGCGACUCAGGAAACUUCUGCUACCUCACAUUCUGGAUCUCACUCGGAAAACAAAUGUGCAGACUUUAAAGACAGUGGGUUUGAGCACCGCAGGGACCAAGGAAGAGUCCAAACAGCUGAUGCAGGGUUGCAGAUUCUGGGAAACCUCCCACCGAGUGACAGCUUUGCAGAUUUUUGCUCAGCACCCACGCUGGAGGCUGGGGAGGACGCGUGGGCAGAUUUCAAGAACCCAGAGGAGGGAACAAUUUUGAGCCGGUCCCAAGAGAAAGUCAACACCCUAGAGUUUGAUGGGAGCAUAGAGGAGGAGCAAGGCAGGGAGGGCCAGAAUGGAGAAACCAGGAGGAACAGCUGUCAGAAGUCACUGUCCGACCGUGUCCAGCAGCUCCUGCUUGCCAGUUUCCCAGAGAUGGAGGUCCCAGCUGUGGAAGGUGAGGUCGAGGUGCUCGGCCUUGGUGCUCUGCUUCACUCCCCAGAGAGUGAGGAGGAGGAGACACAGCCUCACUGUUCAAGAUCUCAGUGCUCUUUAGGUAUUUCCUCACUCUUACGCAGGACUCAGGGGGGGAUGUGGUGGCAACAUCCUGACCUCCACAGUGCAGUUGGCCUCCAGUUUCAGUGGGGAGGUUCCCACACAAACACGACUCUGCUCCGGUGCCUCGGUGUGGACACAAGGAACAUUGUGUACAUGGGGAUGAAGAAGAGGCCAGUGGCCGUCCCUGCUUUUGCAUCCAGCCUGGGAAUGCUGGAGCCAACCAAAGACUCUGCGCCAGCCGUCUGUUCUCCUGGACACAUGGUGGUCACAACACGGACAUCUCCAGGGCCUCGGAUCACAUCACACCCCUCAACAGAUUCAGUGCUGGAGGAGCUUCCCUCCAGCCAGUUGGACUGGAGCAGGCGUGGCCUUAGCAGUUCUCAGGAUGGUACGUCCCCUCGCCGAGCCCCUCACUUCUGGGGUUGGAAAUAGACUUCAGUCUCAGCCAUCCCCUAUGUGGCUUCUUCUUAUUAGCCAAAAAUUCUUUAAAAUCUCUUUAGAGUUUGCUCUUGACUCAUCUGGACGACUCCUCAGUUCCUUUAUGGCAUGUUGUGCUUCUUUUUUUUUAAAGCUUUGUUUCCCCUCAAUUACGUCUGAUAUAAAUGAGUUCCCUCUCAUAAAAAACAACAAGUAAUUUCAUAUAAAUUUCUCUGAAAAAAAGAAACAUUUAAUGAUGUAAAAAAUUCCUCAUACCCAAACCUGGACUCAAAGUUAGACAGCCAAACAGAUCUUUUCCCCCGCUGGUCACAGAGGAUAAACAGGGGAAACGCUGAACUCUCCCUCCUUCAGCUAAUCUAGUGUCUCAUGUUUACCUAUUGUUCCCUCUUUAUCUCAAAAUCUAUCAGUUCCACUUGUUACGAGGUAACCGUGUGGUCAUGUUAAUGUGGUAAAAACGGAUAGUGGUAAAGACUUCUAAAAAACUUAUGUGCAGACUACUAAAAAACGUGCAUACUGUUACUAUGAAUCAUUCUGAUAUUAAAGUUGUGCUAACAAAAGAAAUCGGUUGUUAAUGCCAAAUUCAUGUCAGAUUUUCAAAGCACCAAACGCUGAACCAAAUAUUUGUCAACACAAGAAGCAGAGCAACAAUAUGUGCUUUGUUGAUUGAAUAUAUAUGUUUAUCUAAAGGAGCUUUUAGUUUAAUUUAUUACUGUGGACGCCAAACUCGUGCAGUGUUAAUACUUAAGUCAAACGUUUGCCAAGUGCAUGAAUGUAUUAUUCAGCUAAAGUUAUCCUAAAGAUCUGACGGCAUCAUCUUUUUUUUUUUUAACCCUUACAUGUCCUUGUUUUAAAAGGUAUUAAUAGUUUAUAUUUACAUGCAAAGGGUUUCAUGUUUCCCUCAGUUAUGUUAGACACAAGUUAGAAAAGAGAGAUCAGAAGAAACCAACACAGUAAGCAGUCAUUCUCUAAUCAGGAAAACAAAAAACAUAUAUAUUUGUUUAAAACAGUCACAUCUGGUGCAGUAGUUUUUUACAGCUAUUGUAAUUUAAUGAAGUGUGAGAUCUGACACUAAAGUAUCAUUCAUUUAUUUUAAGGGAGAAACACUGUAGUGUAUUAAUUGCUCAUAAAGAUAACUGUGAUUGAUUAAUACAUUUGUAGUUAUGGUUUGGAGCAUGCAGACCGACGCACUGUUUGUCAGAGAUCAGAAGCUUUACCUGUAGUUUCUUAAAGACACCGAGAUGAGCUGGGUCUACAAGUUAAGACAAUAUUAAUACUUAUAUUUAAUACAAGCACCUUCCCUCCUAGGUUUGGAAUAAAUACUAAUUUAAAGCGAAUACUCAUCUUUGCCAAGAUCGGUUUGUUCAGUUUGAAUCACCUAAAAAAAGUCAGCUAUUUAGGGAUCAGACAAGAUCAAGAAAACAAUUACUACACAUUUACAACAGUCAAGUGUUGUAAUAGAAAUGUAUGCCCAGCAGAGGGCAGAGUAUUUUAAGCCAAAAUCUUAAACACAGUCACAGUAUUUACUGUAGGAACAAAGCAAAAGACUCAAAAGUCCCUCAUUUCUUAAUUGUGCAAGUGACCACUAAUGCAUUAAAGCAUUAGUUUUAGUCAGUUAUAUAAAUUCCAUAAUGUUAUUUUUUCACAUGUUCAUAUGACAUCUGUCUUUGAGUUUUGUCUUCCUCUGCGACAUGAUUUGAAGAUUUAAAGUGAGCAGAGCAGAGAGAAGGCAGCAGAUUUGCCGACUGCUGUCACUUAUUUGACUUAUUUAUACCUUUUUUUUACUUUUCAAAGCGCCGUCCACUGAAGCAUACACUGUAUGAGCAUGCUCAAUAUGAUAAAAGAGGUUUUAUUUCCUAAGCAUUGAAGUAAAAAGAAAUGAAAGAAAGAAAAUCUGCUUUUGAGCAUUUCAUUACAAACCAACAGUGUUUCCACAAGUCUUCUGUAACUGCAAUUACAGUAUUUCAUGAUGAGUUGUGCCUUUAUACCAGCAAUUCUUUAAAAAAAAAAGAAGUAUUUUUUUUUGUUUCAAAUGGUGAGAUUCUCUGGACCUAUAGUUUGUUGACAAAAGUGUUUCUUUAUUUCUUCAGAUGUACUGCUCAAAUCCAGAUUGAAUGCACUGCAAUUAAGACUAGUUUGAAAUCCUUGUAAAUACUCAAAUAAACCAGUUGAUCCUC